GUUGUGGAGUUUAGAAUAUUCUAUUUCCAAUAUUUCAGUUGCUAAACAUUAUUGAGUCGUCGUUUAAAUAUUCUUUUAAAAAUGGAGAUAUCAAUGGCUUCAACCGACAGCGUUAAAGUGUUGGUUGUUGGAGAUUCGGGUGUUGGCAAAACUUGUUUAGUGAAUCUCAUGUGUAAAAAUAAAGUUGUAAAAAAUCCUAAAUGGACUGUUGGAGUAACAGUUGAAAUAAAAUUGUACAAAUAUAUGGAAGGAACACCUAGACAACGCAACUGUUUUAUAGAAAUGUGGGACAUCGGAGGAAGUUCAAAUCAUAAAAAUACUAGAUAUAUAUUUUAUAAUGGUAUUCAUGGUAUUAUUUUAGUGUAUGAUUUAACUAACCUUAAAUCUAGUGAAAAUUUACAUAAGUGGUUGGCAGAAAUUUUGAAUAAAGAUAAUAACUCAAAAUAUAAAUGUACAGAUGGAUUUGACAUGGAACAACUAGUUGGCUCAAACAGAGUACCUAUUUUAGUCUGUGGUACCAAAUUGGAUAUGGCUCCAGAACGUGGUAAGAAGUCGCCUUCUACUGUUGCUGCAGAAUGCGGUGCUGAUGAAAUAUUAAUUGUAAAUAUUGCAUUGUUGUAUAUAUUCUCUUAUCAAAUAUUUAAUAUGUAUUACUGUAUGUUGCUUAGAAUUGUCAUGAUUCAAAAUCAUUGGAACCAAGUACAGUAGCAACAUCAAAGUUUAAUAAUUUUCUAGAAAGAGUAAUACAAACAAAAUAUCCAAUCAGUAACUCUAGUCCAUUUAGUCAAGGUCUCUACUCAAGACAGCAUCAAUACCAAUCAUCCAAAACUCCACAGUACCCAGUUACUAGACAAAUAAUUUAUGAUGGUUCGCCUACAAUUAGUAAAAAUACAUUUUUCAAUAAUAAAACAAUACAUAAAGACUGAAUCUUUUAUAUAAUAUACAUUUAAUACAAUUA